UCUCGGGGUCGCGUCGGUAAGCGACGAUCUGCCCAAGCCCAUUUCAUCAGCUCCGCCAAGCCGUUAGCCAAACUCCGAAGCUCGAAGCCAAAGUCUAUUUUGAGGUGUGUUUACUCGAUCUAUAUUUGCCAUGGCAGCUAACGAUAAUGGCGAACCAGAUACCAAGAAAUCAAGGGUCACUGUUGGUGAAGGUGCCCUGUGUGGAAUUGGUAAUCCUCUCCUGGAUAUAUCAGCAAAUGCAGAUGCAGAGAUCCUUGCAAAAUAUGACUUGAAACCUAAUGACGCUAUCCUGUCAGAGGAGAAACAUUUACCCCUCUUCAAGGAAUUGGCCGACAAGUAUGAGGUAGAGUACAUCCCAGGUGGAGCUACACAGAACACCUUCAGGGUAGCACAGUGGAUCCUGGACCAGCCUAAGGUCAGUACAUUCUUUGGUUGUAUUGGCGAUGAUGAGUAUGGGAAGGAGCUGGCCAACGGGAUGGAGAAGGCAGGAUGCGUCGCUAGGUACCUCGUCGAUAAGGAGGUCGGCACGGGAACAUGCGCUUGCAUUAUCACAUCAGGGGGCAAGAACAGGUCACUCGCUGCAAAUUUAAGCGCAGCUAACUGCUUCAAAGCCAGUCAUUUUGAUGAUAAGGAAAAUUGGGACUUAGUUAAGAAGAGCAAGGUCAUGUACUCAGCAGGCUUUCAUUUAACAGUAGCUCCCGAUGCUAUGUUACUAAUGGCCAAGCACGCUAACGAAGAGAACAAGAUUUACUGCACCAAUCUCUCGGCACCAUUCCUGUGUGACUUCUUCUCGGAGCCCCAAAUGAAGCUCAUGCCUUACGUUGACUACCUCUUCGGCAACGAGACUGAAGCUGCCAGCUUUUCAAAGAAGCAAAACUUUGGGACAGAAGAUCUCCAAGAGAUAGCCUUGAAAGCAGCGGCUCUUCCCAAAGAAAACAAGAACAGAGAAAGGGUUGUUGUGUUCACCCAAGGUGAUAAACCCACCAUUGUGGUCAAAGGUGGCAAAGUGACGGUGUAUGAGGUCAACCUCAUCAAAGAAGAGGAGAUCGUAGACACCAAUGGAGCUGGAGAUGCCUUUGUUGGAGGAUUUCUGGCACAACUCGUACAGGGUAAGGAUAUAGCAAGCUGCGUCGAGUGCGGACACUUUGCAGCUCGGUACAUCAUUCAACGCUCCGGGACAACCAUGGAAAAUAAAGCCAACUACAAGUAGAACAUCAUCUAGUUUUCUCACUUGACCACGUUAGGUCAUUAAAUGUGUACUGUGCCGUUGUAGUGAAAGUUGUAAGGUAGCUUUAGCGAAAGGUAGUGGCAUGUAAAACCGCAGCUACAAAACAAAACACUGCAUCUAGUGGCUUGUCAUUCUGUGAUGUCUGAGUAGAAAAGGCUUUAUCUACCACAGCCUUUCAUGUUGCUACAUUACCUUACAAUCAUGUACAUAAACCCUUCUUUAGCUCAAAUUUGUAGUAGCUGCUACAUUUUUUGUACCGACCACAAUAACAUCAUUUUUUCCCGAGAGAUAUAUACAGUUAAUCAUUACGGUGAGGGUACAGAGGUGGAGCAAUCUUUUUUCAAUAUCUUCUAGAGAAUGAGAAAGUCUUGAUUCAGAAUCUUCUGCCCUAUUAUAAUAUAAAAUAACUACUUGUUGUUAUAAUCUCAAAUAGAAUUAUGCAUUUGCCAAAACUAUUCCUAAAUUUGGAGAUCUAAGUUGUGCAUCUCUUCCUUCUAUUGUACAUGCAGUAGCAAAUCAUGAUUUUGUUUAAUUUGCAUUUGAUUGUAAUGUGGAUACAAGAAUUUUCUUUGACUUUUAAAGCUCUAAUUUAGGCUCUUCAUUCCAGAAUGAGAGAUUGAAAUUUAUAUUUUAAUUACAUUAUUGACUCUCUGUACAUUUAAUUGUACAUUUGUCACUGCACGUUUAUCGAUGCAUCUAAUGCUAUGGCCAAUAUUCUUUUUUUUUUUGGGGGGGGGGGGGUCUGUUCUGACUUUAAAACUAUUCUGUGAUCGUUAUAGAGAAGCAUUGUGUAUUGAGUAACUGUAUUUCACCAGUUAUACAUGAAGUCCUUAUCCGUCAGUGUUAUCAUAAAGUAAAAUUAAUGAUUUCUGUUUUCAUACCAUGUCUAACGUCUUCUUUAAGAUUUUAUGGAGAAAGUCACUCUUUCCUCAUCUUCUGUUAUAAGCAGUUGGUACAUGUAUCGAAAUAAGAACAUAAAGGUAAUAUUUUAUAUUGUCUGUGCGGAUGAAACUCUAAUAAUAAUACGAUUGCAGGGCCCUCAGGGAGAACAGUAUGAAUACUGAUGAGGCUACCCUGGGUAAACAAGACAUAUUAUCAUUAUUAUUAUUAUAUUUCUUAGAAAUUUCUCAGGUUUAAUUUCAAUGGCCCAUUUACAAUUACUUACUAAACAAUAACAAUAGCUAUCCUUGUACUUGUAUCCGUCCAUGUGGGACAAAUUUUAUCAAGGAAUCAGGAUAAAAAGGAAGUGAAAUGG